AUGGCGAGCAGCAGCAAGAAAUCCCCCAACAUCACCAAGUUCAUCGACAACCAAGACGACCUAGACACCGUCGACCAAGCCACCCGCGAUGCCGUCGACCUCGCCGCCCUCGGCCACUCCCAGGCCCUGACCCGCAAGUUCGACAUCUGGAGCAUGCUCGCCCUCGCCUUCUGCGUUCUGGGCACCUACUCGACCGAGGCACAGGGCCUGUCCAGCGGCCUGACCAACGGCGGGCCCAUCGCCGUCCUCUGGGGCCUCGCCGUCGUCACCCUGUGCAACAUCUGCGUCGCCGUGUCCAUGGGCGAGCUCUGCAGCAGCAUGCCCACCGCGCUGGGGCAGGCCUUUUGGAUCUCGCAGCUCAGCCAAACGCCCCUGGGGCGCUUCACGGCCUACAUGUGCGCGUGGAUCAACACGUUCGGGUGGUGGACGCUGACGGCGUCGCAAAACGCCUUCAUGACCGAGUUCCUGCUCGGCAUGAAGGUCAUGUUCGACCCCGAGUGGGACGGCGCGAGCAAAGGCUGGGUGCAGUUCCUCGUCUACGUCGGCAUCACCGUCUUCUUCACGGCCAUCAACCACGUCGGCUGCCGCAACGACCGCUUCCUGCCGUGGUUCAACAACUUUGUCGGCGUGUGGUACGUCGGCCUGUUCUUCAUCAUCGGCCUGGCGCUGCUCAUCUCCGUCGGCGUCAAGCACGACCUCAAGUUCCAGUCGGCCAAAUUCGUCUUCGGCACCUGGAUCAACCAGACGGGCUGGCCCGACGGCGUCACCUGGUUCAUGGGCCUCGUCCAGGGCGCGUACGGGCUCACGGCAUUCGACUCCGUCAUCCACAUGGUCGAAGAGAUUCCCGCACCCCGUCGCAACGGGCCAAAGACCAUGUAUUUGUCCGUCAUCUGCGGUGCCAUCUCCGGCUUCAUCUUCAUGGUCAUCUGCCUCUUCACCAUCCAAAACCUCGACAACGUCCUGGACCCUCCCACGGGUUUGCCGUUCGUCGAACUGCUGCAGGAGACUGUCGGGCUCAAUGGCGCCGCCACGCUGGUCGCCCUCUUCAUCUUCAACGGAAUGGGCCAGGGAGUCAGCGUCUUGACUUCAUCCUCCCGCCUGACGUGGAGCUUCGCCCGCGAUGGCGGUAUCCCCUUUGCCGCGUACUUUUCCUACGUUGAUCCCACAUGGCAGGUUCCCGGUCGCGCGUUGUGGCUGCAGGCAUUCCUCAUCAGCCUGGUGGGCGUCCUGUAUCUAUUCGCAAACACGGUGCUCGAGGCCAUUCUCAGCGUCAGCACCAUCGCCCUGACCGUCUCCUACGCCAUGCCCAUCAUCGUCCUUCUCCUCGUCGGCCGGGAUAAGCUGCCUCCCGGAGAGUUCCGCCUGGGUCGCUUGGGCACGCCCCUCAACGUCGUUUCCAUCGUUUACUGCGCCAUCACAACCGUCUUCUUCCUCUUCCCUGGCGCGCCCAGCCCUGCCCCCAGCGACAUGAACUACGCCAUUGCUGUUUUUGGCGUUAUGCUGGUUGCUGCUGUUGCCUUUUGGUUCGUCAAGGGCCGUGUGUCCUUUAUGCAGAUGGAUGAUGAGUUGGUGGGCCAGGUUGUUCGUGAGCUCUCGUUCGAUGAGCCGAAUCCUCAGACUCUCACAGCUGGGGACUUGAAAUAA